GCGCUUAGUGCCACAUCACGGAAUCUUAUCGCUCUCGUUCGCUUCGACCAAAGCCAAAAACCCAGCCAAACCGAAACCGACUAGCCCGAGACCUGAAAACCCGGACCCCACGACCAAAUACGAAGCUGCCUCGGCUGUAGAACAAACAAGUCAUCUGCUGGCGUGCUGUUGCUGCAGCAACAAUAACAAGAGCAACAGCAACAGAAACCGAGACAUAUAGCACAGCGACGGACCAGGUGAGCCAGCUUCAAAGGAGUCACUCUCUCACACACACACACUUACUCGUCCUCUGACGCAUGAUCUUUGCGCCGAGAGAGCGGAGCAACAACAACAGCGCAAGAAGCUGCUGCGCACUUAGCGGCGAAGAGGAGGAGAGACAAAGGAGGACAGGAGGAGAGAGAGAAGGAGCGGAUAACUAGUUGGAAUUUAGUUAAAACUACUACCGAAAUGGCAGCUAUUGCGGCAUUGCCAACAGCCCCGUUGCGGCGCAACAACACCAGCAAAGGGAUCAAAUCCCGGCGAAAUGAGCGUAAUAUCCUCACUUUCUACGAAAAGAUCGCCGUGAUCCGGUACUAUGAGGAGACCAAUAUUUCGAGAAACAGUCUGGCCAAGAUGUUCCACUGCUGCGCCACCCAAAUUCGCCGAAUCCUGGACAAGAAAAAGGAGCUGCUCCAACAAUUGGCCACCUUGAGCGAAGCCGAUGCCUCUAUCAUAAUCGAGGAGAUGACGCGCAAGCGCCGUAAGUUCGAGAUGAGUGCCAUCAGUUUCCUCCUACACGAAUGGGUGGAAAGAUGCACCCAACUCCACCUGAACAUAAGCAUUCGGAACCAAAAGCUCAAGGAAACAGCUAUCAGAAUGGCAGCAGUUUUGAACUUGCCAUCCUUUAGACCCUCCUAUCGGUGGCUGAACCGAUUCCGCGGAAAGUACAAGUACGAGGCCGAUGAGUUGGGCUACCAGGGAGAGAAUCCCGUGAGCCAGGAUCUGCCUGUCGAGGACAUUAUUGUGGAGUUCAAACAUGCUCUGCCCAACUUUAUGCAACGCGAGUUGGCUGAGCCCUCUGGGGCUGUGUCUACAGUACCUCUUGCCCCAGAUUUCGUAAAUCUCUCUAGUGAGAACAGCCUGAUGUCAGAUCACCUCGAGGAGGAUGAUGGAGUGGAGAUGGUUACCUGUGAGCCCACCAUGAUGGCGUCGCCAGCCAGCCCGCCUGAAGAGGAGGAGCAGGAGGAAGUAAUCCCUCCCCCGGAAGGCCUGGAAAACGCCGAUGAUCAAAUGAACGCCGGCACCAGCACUCUUCUAAAUGGCGUUUUCCCGCACCUGGCCAUCAUCCACCAGUUCGCUCUGAUGAACUCGGAUGUCCAGGCGUUGGAGCUCAUCUCCCAGCUGGGCGUGCAUAUGCAGCAGCAGGCUGUUUCUGGAGCAUAUCGCGGCCUGUCGCUGGCGACGACCGGUGGAGCUGGCGAUGGACAAACGGAUUUGGGAACCAACUCCCUGCCGGAACUGCCCCCGGGCAGCAUAUACGCAGAUAUCGAUGACAUUGAGUUGAUCGAGUAGGAACGCCAAAAGGAAACCAAUGCCAUUAUAUAGUCAUCUAGUAUUUAUGAUCUACACACUUAAAGGUGUUUGAUUUAUUUCAUUACGAAGUAUUAGUGAAGUAAUAUCGCUUUAAAAUAGAGCAUACUUUUAAUUAGUUUUAAAUCAAAUGGGAUUUGAUUUAUCAAGAAAUCAAUAAACAA